UGGUUGCAGGUGGCGACGGUGGCGGGGGUUGGGGUGGGGAGUGAGGUAGUUUAGGGCGCGCGGCAGAGGAGGCCGCGAAGUUCCCGCGAAAGCUAAAGCUGCAGUCAGGCCUACUCGCCCGGGGGCCGCGGAACCCCCGGCCGGGGAGAUGGACCUCAACCGGAUCAUUCAGGCUCUGAAGGGCACCAUCGACCCGAAGCUGCGCCUCGCUGCGGAGAACGAGCUCAACCAGUCCUACAAGAUUAUCAAUUUUGCCCCCAGUUUACUUCGGAUUAUAGUCUCUGACCAUGUAGAAUUCCCAGUACGCCAGGCAGCUGCUAUCUACCUGAAGAACAUGGUGACCCAGUACUGGCCAGAUCGAGAACCUCCACCGGGAGAAGCAGUCUUUCCAUUCAACAUUCAUGAAAAUGACCGCCAGCAGAUACGUGAUAAUAUUGUGGAAGGGAUAAUUCGGUCUCCUGAUUUAGUGAGAGUCCAGUUAACAAUGUGUCUUCGUGUCAUCAUUAAACAUGAUUUUCCUGGUCACUGGCCAGCAGUGGUGGACAAGAUAGACUAUUACUUGCAAUCCCAGAACAGUGGAAGCUGGCUUGGCAGUUUAUUAUGUCUGUAUCAACUGGUGAAGACUUAUGAAUAUAAGAAAGCAGAAGAAAGAGAGCCUCUUAUUGCAGCAAUGCGGAUAUUUCUGCCGUGUAUUCAGCAGCAGAUCAUGCAGCUCCUUCCUGAUUCCUCCCAUUAUUCUGUGUUACUCCAGAAACAGAUCUUGAAGAUCUUCUAUGCACUGGUUCAGUAUGCAUUGCCUCUUCAGCUGGUGAAUAACCAAACCAUGACGACAUGGAUGGAGAUCUUCCGAACCAUCAUCGACCGAAUGGUGCCCCCUGAGACGCUACAGAUUGAUGAGGAUGAUAGACCAGAACUAGUGUGGUGGAAGUGUAAGAAGUGGGCGCUGCAUAUUGUAGCUCGUCUUUUUGAGAGGUAUGGAAGCCCAGGAAAUGUCACAAAAGAAUACUUUGAAUUUUCUGAAUUCUUUUUGAAAACCUAUGCAGUGGGAAUUCAGCAGGUGCUACUAAAAAUUUUGGAUCAGUAUAGACAGAAAGAAUACAUAGCACCCCGUGUUCUUCAGCAAGCAUUCAACUAUCUCAACCAAGGCAUCGUGCAUUCUGUAACCUGGAAGCAGAUGAAGCCACACAUACAGAAUAUCUCUGAAGACGUGAUUUUUUCUGUGAUGUGCUAUAAAGAUGAAGAUGAAGAGCUAUGGCAAGAGGAUCCGUAUGAAUACAUAAGGAUGAAAUUUGAUAUUUUUGAAGAUUAUGCCUCUCCUACUACAGCAGCCCAGACUCUUCUAUAUACUGCUGCAAAAAAAAGGAAAGAGGUGUUGCCAAAAAUGAUGGCAUUCUGUUACCAAAUCCUCACAGACCCAAACUUUGACCCGAGGAAGAAAGAUGGGGCCCUGCAUGUGAUUGGUUCCUUGGCAGAGAUUUUAUUGAAGAAGAGUUUAUUCAAGGACCAAAUUGAGUUAUUUCUACAGAAUCAUGUAUUUCCCCUAUUACUGUCUAACCUGGGAUAUCUUCGGGCUCGAUCCUGCUGGGUGCUUCAUGCAUUCAGUUCUUUGAAGUUUCAUAAUGAGCUCAACCUAAGACAUGCUGUGGAUCUGGCGAAGAAGAGCCUGAUUGAAGAUAAGGAGAUGCCGGUCAAAGUGGAAGCUGCCCUUGCCCUCCAGUCAUUAAUUUCUAACCAGAUCCAAGCUAAGGAAUAUAUGAAGCCGCAUGUGAGGCCUAUUAUGCAGGAGCUGUUGCACAUUGUCAGAGAGACAGAAAAUGAUGAUGUUACUAAUGUCAUCCAGAAGAUGAUAUGCGAAUACAGUCAAGAGGUUGCAUCAAUUGCAGUUGACAUGACCCAACACUUGGCUGAGAUAUUUGGCAAAGUUCUUCAGAGUGAUGAAUAUGAAGAGGUUGAAGACAAAACAGUGAUGGCUAUGGGAAUUUUACAUACUAUUGAUACGAUUUUAACAGUUGUAGAAGAUCAUAAAGAGAUUACACAGCAGUUAGAGAAUAUCUGUCUACGGAUCAUUGAUCUUGUUUUACAGAAACAUGUAAUUGAAUUCUAUGAAGAAAUUCUUUCACUGGCGUACAGUUUAACCUGCCACACUAUCUCCCCUCAAAUGUGGCAGCUUCUGAGUAUUUUAUAUGAAGUUUUCCAGCAGGAUUGCUUUGAAUACUUCACAGACAUGAUGCCACUUCUGCAUAACUAUGUGACAAUAGAUACAAAUACCUUACUCUCAAGUCCAAAAUAUUUAGAAGUCCUUUUCACAAUGUGUAGAAAGGUCCUGUGUGGAGAUGCAGGGGAAGACGCUGAAUGUCACGCCGCCAAACUUCUGGAAGUCAUUAUUCUUCAGUGCAAGGGAAAGGGCAUUGAUCAGUGCAUUCCACUCUUUGUCCAACUCGUUCUGGAGAGAUUGACCCGCGGGGUCAAAACAAGUGAGCUCCGCACGAUGUGUCUGCAGGUUGCAAUUGCUGCCCUGUACUACAACCCUGACCUGCUGCUGCACACCUUAGAACAACUUCACCUGCCUCACAACCCUGGACCUAUCACUGUACAGUUUGUAAAUCAGUGGAUGAAUGAUACAGAUUAUUUUCUUGGGCAUCAUGACCGAAAGAUGUGUAUAAUAGGACUGAGUAUCCUUCUGGAAUUACAAAACCGCCCUCCUGCAGUAGAAGCUGUGGUAGGACAGAUUGUUCCCUCAAUUCUUUUCCUUUUCCUUGGCCUAAAGCAGGUCUGUGCUACUAGACAACUGGUAAACCGAGAAGAUCGUUCAAAAGUAGAGAAAGCUGAUAUGGAAGAAAAUGAAGAGAUAUCCAGUGAUGAGGAGGAGACAAAUGCGAAUGCUCAAGCCAUGCAGUCAAAUACCAGGAAAGGCGAGGAAGAGGAAGAGGACGAUGACUGGGAUGAAGAAGUGCUGGAGGAGACUGCUCUGGAGGGGUUCAGCACACCACUUGACCUUGACGACAGUGUGGACGAAUAUCAGUUUUUUACACAGGCUCUGCUGACUGUGCAGAGUCGAGAUGCUGCCUGGUACCAGCAGCUGACGGCCCCACUGAGUGACGACCAGAAGAGGAUGCUGCAGGAGGUGUACGCAUUGGCAGAGCACCGAAGGACAGUGGCAGAGGCAAAGAAGAAGAUUGAGCAGCAGGGUGGCUUCACAUUUGAAAACAAAGUACUGGGGACUGGAUUGCAGAGAGAAUUCGCUCAGGAGCCAGUGCGGAGCAAGGAUCCACUCCCGACAAUGGCCAGCAGAUGCCAUGAAGUAAGCAGCUUUGCCCUUCUGCCACGAUCUAUCUGCUUCAGAGCCAGCCAGACGUGGACUGAGUUUGCUGAAACCGUGAGCCAAGGAAAAGUCUCCUUCUUACAUUGUGGGUGUCAGCUACUGAUCUCAGUGAGCAAAUACAAAGAACUGGGACUAGAGAAGUGGAGUCCGAACAGCGACUGCCUGAGACCAUGAAGUUCAGAUGCAUUUGGGACAGUUUUGAGGGAGGGAAUUGGGGAUGUUAACAGCUGUGUGCUAGAGAAGCCCUGCAAUGCCAUAAGCAAAGCCUAGUGGGUGUUUCUGAUUGGAUCUCAGAUGACCAGAGUGCUGGCGAACUGCAGAGAGCAGAGCCAAGUCUCAGGAGGUCUCAGGUGGGAACUUCCUGUGCAUGUUACAUUCUGGCCAGAGAGAACUUGUCUGCGCUCUGCACAGGUCCUGAAACUUUCAUGUCUUUCUCACUUUCCACCUGUGAGACAAGAUACUUGACACCCGCAGUUUAGAGGAGGAGGGGUUUGUUUGGGCUCAGACUUCUAGUCUCUGGUGGACUGGCUCCAAGGCAGAAACAGGAGGGAAGAGGGACACGGCCAAGGGAAAGGUGCUCAGGCCACAGUGGUCAGCAACCCCGUUCCCAGCAGCCUCACACCCUGACAGCACAUCUACCCCCUGAACUCAUCAGUGGACAAGUCCUCUGUAGAGUAUGCUGCCCUUCCCAUCUAAUCAACUUCCAAACAGAGGAGACUUCUGAGGGGGACUUCAGGUUAAAAGGUAUCACCUCCACCUUUUUCCCAAGGACUCAUGUCUGUCUCAUGAGAAUGAAUUGAGUUUCUCAGAGUCAAGUUGAUAUGCCACAGGCAUUCCAGGGCUAUGGAAGUCCUAUAGCGUAUUCUUAUCAAAAAAACAACAAAACUAACCAUUCUUAUCACUAAGGAGCAGGACCACAAACUGAACCUCAAGGAAGAGGGGCAGCAGCCAGCAAUAGGCUGAGCUAAAUAGAAGAAACAGGCCCCCACAUGCAGACAGUAGCAGAACCAGGGCAUGAAAUAGAAAUGGUGCACUGCAGGGCAGGGCAGCGCCCUGAGUCUGUCCUUCCCCACUGGAUCUCAGGCUCCAGUCCACAGCCCAUUAGGACGGGAUGCCUGGGGAGCCUCCACGCAGUCCCCUCAUCAUGCCCUAGCAGCAUCCAGGUGACAAGGUAAGGAGAUGCCAUCCAGGCCUGCUGGACCAGCUCUGACUUGGGACCCUGCACAGCCUGAUGUGCGCCCUCUGCCGGCAGCAUCUGCUUCCUGCUCCUCAUCUGAUCCUUGCUCUUCAAUCUCAGGAACCUGCUGGGCCAGGAAGCUGAUGGAAUCCAGUGAUUCACAACCAAAUGAAAAUCAGCAUGAAUGGGAUAAUCACGACCAGGGUAUCAGGACCCCAUCCCGUUUCCUCCCUCAGUCUUUCAGAACCAUAAAUAAGCUUUUAAAGUUCAAACUGUGAUAGGGGAAAGAAGAAAGGGAAAAAAGAAAAAAUUAGAGUGAAGACAAUUGCACAGCUAGCUUUGAUUUGUUCCUUGAAAGCAAAGUUUUGUACUAACAUUGUUUAGAUGCUAUAGGAUGCCUACAUCCUGUACUCCGAAUAGCUACCUGGAAGACAACAGCAUGCAGGGUAUCAAGUAUUGUCGCUGUCCUACUAUCCUGUUCGCAAACUCAGUUUCAUUUUGUCAUGUUCUACUCUUAAAAAUAAAAAAGAUUUUAAAAUUUAAAA